CGAGGUCAUGGGGAGGGAGUAGUGGUCUGACAGCCCCGGAUCUCUCUGUCUGUGCUGGUCUCUGGGGCACAGACCUGCCCAUGCCACUGGGCAUUCCUCAAUGUCUCCCAUCUGCUAUGGGGAAGCAGCACGGUGAGGCAAGCCAGGGCAGGAGGGCAGGGCACCCUGGUGUCCCCGCCUCCUUCCAGCUGACAAAUACCAGGGCCUAGUCCAGGUCCCAGCACAGCCAGGGAGUGACUGGAGAAAGGGGGAUAAUGAGGACUUUGGUGAUCACGCUAGCAGGGCUAUGGAUCCUGUACCUUGCCCCUGGGGGGCUGUGCUGUGCUGCUCCACACACCUAUCUUCAACCCCACAUUGAUGUCACCUACACUGCUGUGGAUGGCGUGAAACAAUCCUUUAAUGACUCCAUCUGUGUCACCGUGCCCCAGGACUCCUUCUUCUUCAAUGAUGGAGAUCGCCCAGAAGAGAGAUCCCAGAAGAUUCAGCUUCACGUACACACUGAGUGUGUGGGGCGCGUACAUCACCUCCGUGCAGGGGCUGGAGGCCCAUCCCAAAGACAGCACCUACUGGCAGCUCCUGAGCAACGGCAUCCCACUGACACUAGGUGCUGGGUGCUACGCCGUCUCCCAUGGGGAGAGGCUGGAGGUCAGGUUCUCCAAGUACAAGCUCUAGGGCACUGGCCAGCCUGAGCACAAGGAGUGCUCAUGAAGGCGAAACUUGUCCUGGCCUUUCUACUGUGAGGGAUGCCAGGGUUCAGCAGCCCCAUCCAUUCCCCCAGAGCAGGUAUCUCCCUCUUGGGGGGGCGGACCCUUGGGGAUGACUGUGUUGUAUUCACAUCCGUGACUGUUUCCCA